UUUACGUAUGACGCUAGCUGCAGCUUCCGGUGUGCGCUGUACACAUCCGGUGGGGAGUAGAACGGUGUAUAGUGGUGUAAAGUGAUUGUAGUACGUCGGAGGACGGUGCCGAGCACUAUGUCUGACACGUGGAGCUCCAUCCAGGCUCACAAGAAGCAACUGGACUACCUGCGGGAGCGUCUGCAGCGGAGGAGGAAGGAUGUCACCUCUCAGCUGGUGCUGGAUCUCCAAAACCCAGAUGCUGGGGUGGCUCCAGGUUUCCGUAGUGAUAGCCCAGUCCCUUCUUCUGCGCCACAAACUUCAAAGCCAUCAAGUGGACCAACAGAAGUAAUUCCCGAUCCUGAACUGGAAAGUAAACUACUGCAUCAUUUGUCAGAUCUGUCGCUUGUCCUGCCAGCGGACUCUGUAUCCAUUCAACAUGCUAUUGCUACGCCAGAACUUCCUGUGUCACGCCAAGCGGUUGAAAGCCUUUUACAAAAAUUUGCUGCUCAGGAGCUUAUUGAAGUAAAAUGUGGUGAGCAUGAAGAUAACGACCGUCCCACUGUAGUGAUUUUUGCUGACUAUUCCAAGCUUUCAGCAAUGAUGGCAGCUGUAUCUGAAAGAAAAGGACAAACUACUGCUCCAGGAGCAAAAAAGAGAAGAAUACAGGAGACGGAUGGUGCUACUUCUUCUUUAUCAGUAGCCUCAUCCUCUGGUGCUUCAGGAGAGAAAAAAGCACCUGAGCCCCAUAAGAAGGCUCGCAAACAUGCAUCCCAUUUGGACUUAGAAAUCGAGAGCUUGCUAAGUCAGCAGUCCACUAAAGAACAGCAAAGUAAGAAGGUAAGUCAGGAGAUUUUGGAGCUCCUCAAUACUAGCACAGCCAAAGAGCAAUCCAUUGUGGAGAAGUUCCGCUCCCGUGGAAGAGCUCAGGUUCAGGAGUUCUGUGACUAUGGGACAAAAGAAGAGUGCACAAGAGCGUCUGGAGCAGAUACUCCUUGUCGGAAACUACACUUCAGACGCAUCAUUAACCCACAUACUGAUGAAUCUCUCGGUGACUGCUCUUUCCUGAACACUUGUUUCCAUAUGGACACUUGUAAAUAUGUUCAUUAUGAAAUUGAUGCAUGGGUGGAGCCUGGAGGAACUGCAGUCGGGAUCGAAUGUGCUCCAUCUCAAGAUAUGCCUCUAGUCAAGGGUGUAGGAGGAGACCCAAGUGUAGGGCGUCUCUUCCCCUCACAGUGGAUCCGGUGUGACAUCCGAUACCUGGACGUGAGCAUUUUGGGCAAGUUCUCUGUGGUAAUGGCUGACCCACCAUGGGAUAUUCAUAUGGAACUGCCAUAUGGGACCUUGACGGAUGAUGAGAUGAGAAAAUUGCAGAUUCCAGUGCUGCAGGACGAUGGAUUCCUGUUCCUCUGGGUAACUGGAAGAGCUAUGGAACUGGGUCGAGAAUGCUUGAAGCUGUGGGGAUACGAGAGAGUGGAUGAGAUAAUCUGGGUGAAAACGAACCAGUUACAAAGAAUUAUUCGAACUGGACGCACUGGACAUUGGCUUAAUCAUGGCAAAGAGCACUGCUUGGUUGGUGUGAAAGGAAACCCACAAGGGUUUAACAGGGGUCUUGACUGCGACGUUAUUGUGGCUGAGGUUCGUUCUACAAGCCACAAACCUGACGAAAUUUAUGGUAUGAUUGAGCGUCUCUCACCUGGAACACGCAAGAUUGAGCUCUUUGGACGACCCCAUAAUGUGCAGCCAAAUUGGAUAACAUUAGGAAACCAGUUGGAUGGGAUCCAUUUACUAGAUCCAGAUGUUGUGGCUCGAUUUAAGCAACAGUAUCCAGAUGGAGUAAUCUCAAAACCAAAGGCUCCGAUGAACUGCUCUUACUACAUGAAUGAGCAAAAUAAUUUGGAUCAGAAAUGCAUGGGAAUUUGAGGUCUAUGCAGUCCCAAUUAAAAAGGACUUUAUCACUUUUUGUAAAAAGACUUGUUUUACAAUUGUAAAUACAAAGUUAUGGCAUUGUACCAAAGAAUUGGUAAACUGCUGUAUUCUAAAUUAAACAUUCUAAGAAUCAUUCAAGGAACACUGUGUACCUGCUAAUGGUAUAUGUUUUUCAUCUAGGUAUAGCCGUAUUGUACUAUCCUGCGAAAAAAAAAAAAAGAAAACCCUGCUACCAAAAGUCUGUGUUCUGGAAACAACAUAUUGUGUGUGGUUUCUAACUGAAGUGGGCCAAUACCUUCUAUAGUGUUCUCCUUUUUUUUUUUUUUUUUUUUUUUUCUCCUAGAUUGCUGGAGAAAGUAGUCACUAAGCUGUUGAUGCCUUUCCCUUUGCCCUAUAAAAUUGUGUAGUUACCUAAGCAUUUAAGUCCAUGAUCCUUUUUUGUUACAUUUUUAACAUUUCAAAAUCAAUGUCAGUUGCUGGCUUCUUUUUCCCUGUGUUGGCCCACCAGUGACAUUUGCAUUUCAGCAUGCACGAUUUUCAUAUUGUGCAUGCACAAUAUGGACUGCAUGACAUCAUGCCCCUCGUCUCAUACGCACACACACACACACACACCUCUGCACGAUCCUUCCCAGGAUGCAUCUGUGAGGCCUUGGCUAUGUGAACAAUAUCUCAGAAGGACCAAGGAGGAUAAACAAAUAGUUGGAAAAAAGCAAAGCUUGACAUUUUUUGCUAGUGUCCUAGUAGGGUGGUUGCCUUUUCCUAAGCUCUGCUGAAAAAAAAUCAAAAAUUAUUUUUGUUAGACUUCCUUGCUUUGUUGAAUUUUUUUUCUUUGCUGACUUUGUUUCCUUGCUACACUGCAGGUUGAGCUGGUCUCCAUUUGAAUAAAAAGAGAGA